AUGGGCUACACUCGCGAGGAACUGCCUGUGCACACCAAGAGCACUUCGCUCUUCAAUCACCUGGAGACCAUGCCUGGAGAUCCCAUCUUUGGAUUGAUGAGCCUUUACGCCAAGGAUCCGGCUGAGAAGAAGGCGUCUCUUACGAUUGGCGUCUAUAGAGAUGAGGAGGGCAAGCCGUGGGUGUUGCCGACGGUGAAGAAGGUCGAGAAGAUGAUCGCAGAAGACGUGGCCACAAAUCACGAAUAUUUGCCCAUGGAAGGCCUUCACCCCUUUGUCGAAUCAGCACGCGACCUGCUCUUUGGAAACCCUGACGCUGCACUGACUUCCCGCAUCGGCUCUCUGCAAACCAUCUCUGGAACAGGCGCUGUGCAUCUCGGCGCCCGCUUCCUGAACGACAGCCUCAAGCCAAGCACCAUCUGGGUCAGCGAUCCCACCUGGGGCAACCACCACGCCAUCUUCGACAUUGCCGCUCCCGAUGUGCAGCAGAAAAUGUACCCCUACUACGAUGCCGCGACCUGCAGUCUGAACUUUGCGGGCAUGAUGGAUACGCUGGAGAAGCAGGCUCAACCUGGCGAUCUGAUCUUGCUGCACGCGUGUGCGCACAACCCUACAGGUAUCGAUCCCACCAAGGAUCAAUGGAAGCAAAUCGCCGACCUGUGCGAGCGCAAACACCUCUUCCCCUUCUUCGACUCUGCAUACCAGGGCUUCGCCUCUGGCGACGUCGACGAAGACGCCUGGGCAGUGCGCCACUUUGUCUCGCGCGGAACUCUCGAACUCGUCGUUGCGCAAUCCUUUUCCAAAAACUUUGGACUCUAUGGACAGAGAGUGGGUGCUUUCCACAUUGUUGCCGCCAGCGAGGACGCCAGAGACAAAGCACUAAGUCACCUGAUCUACCUCCAACGAGCCGAAAUCUCCAAUCCUCCUGUAUAUGGCGCUAGAAUCGUUGCUUUUAUCCUCCAAAACGCCGAGCUCAAGAGGGAGUGGGAGCAAGAUUUGCUCAUCAUGAGUGGACGCAUCAAGACCAUGCGCGCUGCCCUCUACGGCGAACUUGUCGCUCUCUCCACACCGGGCUCUUGGGAACACAUAAUCAAUCAGAAUGGCAUGUUUAGCUACACUGGACUAUCGGAGAAACAGGUGUUGAGUUUGAGAAAGGAACAUAUUUAUUUGCUCACCUCUGGAAGAGCGAGUAUUUCUGGCUUGAACAGGGAUAAUGUCAAGAUGGUGGCACAAGCUAUUGACAAGGUUGUUAGAGAGUCUGGGGAUGCACCCGCUGCUGGAGCCGCGUAA